GCGGGAAGAGCGCGUGAAGACGACUUUUCUCUCUCCGCACGAGGCAACGCAAGAGCGCGCCCCGUGUCUCCGGGAAGGUCGACUCUGCUCCUCAGUCCUCAGUCCACACAUGAGCUCGGGCACCGCGGCGUCCGGGAUGCUGGAGGUGUCGCUGGCGCCCCGGCGCAGCCUGUCGCCGAUGGACGCGGCGCCCGACAGAGCGCGCCACUCGCGGCGCAGCCUGACGCCCUCGGGGGCCCCGCGCAGCCGCAGCGCCUCGCCCUACGGCGACCUGUCCAGCAAGGUGGCGCUGUUCAACAAGCACGCCAGCGCGCACCUGGAGGCGCAGGCCGUCAACCCCUUCUCGGGCGACGGCAGGACGUCCCCGCGGCCCCGGCUCGACCGCUCCGACGCCAGCUACGGCAGGCCGGUGGGCAAGACGGCGCUGCGCGGCCUCAAGGCGCAGUCGCAGGUCAGCAAGGAGAUCCUGGAGCUGUGCGAGGUCAUCGCCGAGAACGGCGAGUCCCUGUCCGACGGCCCGGGCGACGACGACCCCAGGACGGCCAUCAGCUUCGGCAACCUCUUCCACAUAUAUACCUAUAUCUCUAACAAGGUAGUCGGCAUUCUUCUUCGAGCGAGGAAACAGAAGCUGCUCGACUUUGAAGGAGAAACUUUAUUUCAGAAAAAGGACGAUCACGUGCCGAUAGUCAUGCUGAAGUCGAUCAAGGACAUCAGGGAGCACUUCCGCGCGGCCGAGCAGCAAGAGAAGGAGCUCCGCAAGCAGCAGGAGCGGGAACUGUACCUGCAGGAGCACCCGGAGGUCCUCAUCGAGGAGGAGAUGAGGAGGGCUUACGAGCAGGAGCUCCUGGAGGAGGAACGCGCGGAGAAAGAGGCGGUCGACCGGUCCAAGGAGGUUGUCGACCAGUCCAAGGAGGUUGUCGACCAGUCCAAGGAGGUUGUCGACCAGUCCAAGGAGGUUGUCGACCAGUCCAAAGAGGUUGUCGACCAGUCCAAGGAGGUUAUCGACCAGUCCAAAGAGGUCGUCGACCAGCCCAAAGAGGUUGAGAACCAGCCAAAGCCCCCAGUCGAGUUCCAGCUCGUGGUUCAGGUCGUCGCCGAAGACGACAGCCCCGUCGGCGCUGGAGAACCGGACAGCAGCGAAAUCAGCGCAGCGCAGGAAGGCAAAGCAGAGGAACCAAGCAGCUGCACAGGAGUCGUCGGGCAAUCGCAGGAAAAGGAACGGCUUGAAGCCGCCGAAAAUAAAUCAAGCUGUCAGCCCGUAAAAACGUCCGAGGUAGCUCGCCAGGAAGAAGACGUGAAACAAACAGCGCUCGCAAAUACAGAGCAACAGAAAGCUCCGGAAAAGAUUUGCUAAUGCAGUGCUAGGGUAAAUAGGUGUUGCAGACAAGGUAUUUCGACAGAAUAUGCGACGGAAAAAGACAGUAAAUGACUACAGUAUUUAUUUAGGCUACAUUAAUUUUUUUAGAUAGGAUUUUUCAAUUAAGAAAGAUUUAGUUAACGGGCUGCUACUGACUGGUGAAGUGUAACUAUGUCACUGUAAAUAACAGUGAAGUCGAGUUAUUUUUUUGGUAGUAUAAACUUAUGUAAUUAUUAAUCUUCAGCAGUUUGCUGACAGUGAGUUUUAUAUUUAUUUGUUCGCCUCAUAAGUUACCCUUAAAAUAUCUUGUUUAAGGCCUGCGUUAAUUGCUCAAAAUAUGUUUUUCCCACUCUGAGAUUCCUCAAUAUUCUUUUGAAUAUUUACUUUAGAUUCCAGUUUGAGUAGUUAGUAGAGCACACAAUUGAAGUUAAUGUAAUGUGAAAAUAAGUUUAUUUGAAGUGGUAGAGGCAGAGGUCACAUAAGUAGCAAACUCUGAUGUCAUGGAGAAUAUAUGUAACUUACAAAAUAAUAUAAUUAUGAACUGUGGUCAAAGACAUCUAAUAUUACGUAAGCCAUAUUUUCCAAAUGUUAUUAUUAUACAAAGAUUACUUUGCUGGUAAGAAGUAUUAUAAAUUAGUUCUGUCUAUGAAGAGGGUGAAAAGAUAUGUUUUGUUAUACAUUAUUGUGAUCGCACCAGUUAUUUAAUAAAUAACAAGAAAAACUUAAUUUUCCUCAAGUAAAUUUUCUUUUCGGUACCCACCAAAGCCUCACCAAUGUUCGUUUCUCAAUUGUUUUUAUUUAUUGUUUACAGGCAUUAUAAAUGUGUACGCAGCUAUGUUUUAAAUGUCCAUUUAACUUGUGGAAGUUGUGGAUGUCCAAUAAUAAUUAUUUAUUUAUUCUGCAAGGAAAAAAGUAAAUGCAAAAAAAGUGGAUUCUAAGCACAACGUGAAAAUAAAUCCAUGUGUUCAGCCUUUGAAAAGCGCCGGUUCGCAAACGGAGAGAGCACUGAUCAAUGUUUAGUCUCCAUCUUCUUGGCUUUUACCACGCCGUCUACCUUUUUUGAAACGGGAACAGGAAACAGCAAAUAUCAGGGUGUGUUCUUCUAUGAUACUAAAGGACACGGAUUGGGACAAAAUAAAUAAAAUUUUACCAAUGCAUUCCAACCAUGGCCCACACCAUGGGCGUCGCAAGGAUAUAUAUUUUUUUUUUUUGGGGGGGGGGGGGGGGGACUUCAAUUGGUUUAGUUGUUGAGGAAUAUCCAUCCCCUGGGGGGGAAAAAAAAGCGGAGGGGAAAAUUUGGGGUUUGAAGGUGCAAAAAGGUGGUUUUUAGGCAUUUUUCUUUCCUAAAUAUUCUAAUUAUAGUUGGUUGCAAUAUAUAAUUUCUUUUUUAUAAAAAAUAUUUUCAGAGAACAAAUUUGUAAAAAAAAAAAAA